UAACCGUUCGCAUUUGAUUUGAAGAAAAAUGUCUUUCAGAGGAGGUGGUGGACGAGGAGGCAGAGGUGGUGGAGGAUUUAGCCGAGGUGGAGGAGGUGGAUAUGGAGGCGGAGGAGGAGGAGGCCGAGGAGGUGGAUUUCGAGGAGGAAGAGGAGGUGGAUUCGGACGUGGUGGUGGUGGCGGCGGCAGAGGUGGUUUUAAUGACUACGGACCUCCAGAAUAUGUUGUUGCUGUGGGAGAGUUUGUGCAUCCUUGUGAAGAUGACCUUGUGGUUAAGUGUACAACAGAGGAGAACAAAGUUCCCUACUUCAACGCCCCAGUUUACUUGGAAAACAAAGAGCAGAUCGGGAAGGUGGAUGAGAUAUUCGGCCAGCUCCGUGACUUUUAUUUUUCCGUCAAACUUUCUGACAACAUGAAGGCGACUUCCUUCAAGAAAAUGCAGAAGUUUUAUAUAGAUCCAAUGAAGCUCCUCCCGCUGCAGAGAUUCCUCCCCAGGCCGCCAGGAGAGAAGGGUCCGCCCAGAGGAGGCCGAGGGGGUAGAGGUGGAGGUCGUGGAGGUGGUUUCCGAGGUGGUCGUGGUGGAAGCUUCGGAGGUGGACGUGGCGGAAGCUUCGGAGGUGGACGUGGUGGAGGCUUUCGAGGCGACCGUGGUGGUGGAGGAGGCUUCAGGGGAAGAGGAGGCGGAGGAGGACGUGGAUUCAGAGGCUCAAGAUGAUCUGACAGUGAUGGUCUGGUGUCAUCCAUGUUUUGCGCUACACAAGCAAGAAGGCUGCGUCUAUGCCAGUGCGUUGGCUGUUGGACUCCGAAUAUGGACAUUGCCUCUGUUUGUAGAACUUGAAUGGAUUAUCCCUUUUUUCUUUGUUUCAUUUUUUACUAGUUUUGAAUAUGUGAUGGAUUCUUUUUUUUAAAGGUUCAUAUGUAUGCGUGUGUCAAAUGUAAUGAGGACCUUUAUAGCCUUCAUGGAGAGUUAAGGGGCUCCUUUAUGUACAGGCUUAUCAUUAUUCUGAUACUUUCCAAGUGUUGGGCAAUGAGAUGUUUGUACUUUGACAAAGACUUCAAGAGAUCCAAUCACAAACCUCAAUGUAUUAUUUCCUCCAAUGUGUGGGAAAUCUUAUAUGCUGUUGGUUGAAGACAUUUUAAUACCCAUAAUCUGUGUCAUCUUAAACAGAAUGUUGUCACAUUUUUGUUAAAGGCCUUCAUUAAAAAAAAAAACUUUG